ACUGCUGUUUUCAGCCAGUAGUGUGAUUUUCGUGUCGCAGAUCUAAAAGAGUUGAGUAAAAAGUAUAGUUGUGUAUAUUAUUGCCUUUGUUUAGUCCGAUUCAAAAUAAUCUACCUAACAUGAUACAGCCUGUCCACGUUCGCAUUUUAUUCCUCUUUAUAGCAUAAAUAGCCUAAAAAAUCUUUUCAGGAAUAUAAUAUGUAGGUUUGAUUUUCUAGGCUUAUCUUAGAUAGCUAGCUAGCCUACUAACGUCAGAUGUAUUGCGAGCCUUGCAAUACUGAUAGAUGCGUGUGCGCUGCGGAGCCUAUAAUAAACGUUUAUUGUGGGGCGGCGUGACGGCGCCCUUCGCUUCAGCGCCCAUUCCCUACGCGUGGAACGAAUCGGUCCAUACCAAUUUCAUCAUUUCGUAAUCGUAUUUUCUCUUAUCUGGACUUGACCCUUCAACGCGUCAUACCGUAUACGGUCCUGCUCGACGAUAACAGCAAUGUGACAUCGCGUAACAUCCCCCGUUUAACGGUCCUUUGAAGCGCUGCAUCUGUGCGCGGAGGUGGAAAGGAAAGGCGAUCCCUUGGUCUAACGAGACUUGCUUGGCCUGGAGAACAGCAGAACAUUCGGAAGUGUACAGCUGUCAUGCAGAAGGCGGGGACAGCCCCAUCCUCCCGGGGUCCUAGUGCUCCUGGGUCUCCUGCUACAUCUAUCGUGGCGCACAUGGACAAUCAGGUUAUUGGUUAUAAAGACCUGGCAGCCAUUCCCAAGGACAAAGCCAUCCUGGAGGUGGAGCGUCCGGACCUGAUGGUCUACGAGCCCCACUUCAGCAUCUCGGCUUUGGACCGCACUGGACUGACCAGGAGCAGAGAGAGAUCAAUGUCACCUCGUUCCAUUUCUCCACCUCCCUCCCCCGAGAUAUUCGCCUCCAGAGAGCAGAAGGAGUGGGCGGAGCAGAAGGAGUGGGCAGAGCAGGGUUCGCCCAGCUCAUCCGUCAUGGGCUCCACCACACAGCUCCGCAAGAUCAGCACCUCCUCCCGAGGCCCCAUGCAGCAUUUCCACCGACCAGAGAAUGGAACCAACAUCUACAAGAAGCCUCCUAUUUACAAACAUGACGGCACCGCCCUGGCCCAGAACAAGCAUAAAGACGACCGCAUCAUACUGUCCUCCAAGUUUCCUGCAGCACAGCCUCCGGAUCCAAACCAGCCAUCCAAGAUUGAGACGGAGUACUGGCCCUGUCCGCCCUCUCUGGCCAGCAUGGAGAUUGAGUGGAGGAAGAAGGCAGUGGAACAAGGACUGUCCACCGAGGACGACGACUUUGAAGACCUGACCGAGGACGCUGGGAGACUGCAAGAACAGGAGCUGAAUAGGAUCCAGUCCAACUUGGGAAAGCUGAUCCUGAAGGAGGAAAUGGAGAAAUCUGUGCACUUCCGGAGGAAAACUCGCUCCCUCCCAGACAGGACACACAUGCAUAUGAGUUCGUCGGCGUGUAAAUCUGCCACGCUGCCACCCUGCAGUCGGUCAGGCUUGUUGCGGCUGCAGUCAGCUGACUUCUCCUCCACAGACAGUGACAAACCCAGAACAGAUCUACAGAACAGAGAAGCUCCAAAGGCGAGAAUGGAUCGAGGAAACUCUCUGCCUAGCAUUCUGGAGCUGAAGACUUAUCCGUAUGACAUGCUCAUUGUGAGCCAUAGAGGACGCUGUAAACUCCCACCAGGAGUAGACCGGACCAGACUAGAGAGACAUCUUGCCCCGGAUGAAUUCUUAAACUUAUUCGGAAUGCCCAUUGCAGAAUUUGACCGUCUGUCGCUGUGGAAACGAAACGAACUGAAGAAAAAAGUCUUACUUUUCUAACAGAGAAAUUCCUUUCUCCAAGGACUCUUAUUAUCUGGAAAACACAGCCAACACAGCCUAAUCCAGUACUAACACAAUGUAUCGGGAUAAUCUCACAGGUUGACCACAUUAACCUUUUAAUUCUAACAUAUAUUGAACAGCUUGUGUGUGUGUGCGUGUCUUAUGACCUCUGUGUGCUUUAAAUGGAAAGAGGAAAGGGACUCUUACUCCUCGAGUCCACAUGUGUUCACGUGCAAAAGCAAAGUGUAUGGGCAGAUCACUAACCCUGCACCCACCAACUGGCCAGCCCAGAGUCCAGAUCUUACACUAACUUAAUGCAUCUGUGUCAGCCAAUCAGUGGCCUGGACCACCUGAGUCCAGUGGGUUCUAAUGUGUCUGUGUCAGCCAAGCAGUGGCCAGUGGGCUAAUGAAGAGCUGAAAAUGAACUGCACAGGAUGGUAACGAUUUUCUGGAUCAGCUCUGGUGAGCCUAAAAGAUGGUCAGUGUAAUAACGCUUGUGCUUCCUCUGAAACAGUUUAACAUUUAGUCUCACAAUCGCCAAGGAAACAUGACUCAAAGUAUCAAAUGGCAUAUUCUGGUUGAGGUCCUGUCGCCUUAUGCUUUUCUAUUUGAACUUCUCUCAAAGUGCCCAGUUAAAUUUGUAAUAUAGGCAUAUAUAUAUAUUUGCAAAAAACCUUAAUUGUAACACCCUUCUAAUUAGUUUGUGUGUUAUGACCACCGAUAUUACCAUGACGCAAUUUAUUGUCCCCCCCCCCCCCCCCGCAAAAAAAAUAGCACCACUGUAAGUCUGUGUAUUUAUUCACUUCAUAGCAUCGAGAUCAUUAGUAAAAUCAGAUUAUGUAAAUCAUAAUAAGGAAUGGAAACAUUAAAUUAGCAUACUUUACAUUUAGCUGAAGAUUUUUCUUCUUUUUUUAAUCGUUCAUUGAAAAUUGCAUGGAUAUUAUGUAGCUCAGUGCAAGCUACUGUAGUGACAAACUAUUGCUGAGCCUCUGUGCUCAGAAGUCUGUGUGUGUAUCUGUGCUCAGGAUUGUGUCUCUAGAGCAGGAGUAGAGCCAUUUGUAAGCAUCCCAGGAGAAGGAAUCCAUCCUCUAUCCUCCCAUCACAGUGCAGAAUGUCACUAUCGUCACAUAUCAUCUGAGAAUGAUCACAAUUAUUCAGAUAUGUACUGCACAUACUUCACCUCAGAUUGGGAUCUCUUGGCUUGGCCAUGUGGGCUGUAUGCAUUAAGUUCACAAAUAAAGGUUUUUGAUAAAUCGGUGUAUGAUCGAGAGUGGGAGGCCUCAUAUCAUUUCCACCAUAUUUAAAGCUAAUCACUGUCCCCACCGCUCGUUAGGAUUCAUACAUGGAACCACUCAUACUGCGCACUGCCUACACACACGCGCGAGUCUUCACAGUGAAUGUUUUCGUUUGUAGCUUGUUUCUCAUGGACGUUUUUCUGUUUGACUACGCUGUGUACAUGAACAAAUAAAACCGUUGUGACAGUU